AUGAAGAGCAGCUUCCUAUUCAAGUUUGCAAAAGCAACGGUAAAAAUCCAAAAUGAUAAAAACCAUGUAUCAAUUAGCAUAUGCUAUUUUUUUCUCGCAGUCUUCAAAUUUUAUUAAUUUGGUUGUAGAUUUCUAUUUCGCUGACCUAGGAAACGGAAAGGAAAAAGAAAAUCAAAAAGUAAACGGAGUAGGAGACGAAAAACAUUAACAGCAAGCAUAUGUAUCCCAAUAUUGUUGUUUAUUAUUAUUAUUAUUUAUUCAUUUGUUUAUCGGAGAUUUAUUAAAUGAAUGUUUGGACUUUUUUCUUGUUACAGGCAUCUCUUUCAUGCUGUUGUGGUGGUAUUCCCGGCAUGCACGGGUUACCAGGCCGUGACGGACGUGACGGCCGAGAAGGACCGAAAGGUGACCCGGGAAGCCCGGGAAAGACUGGACCUCGGGGACCUGCUGGUGUAAAUGGAAAAGAUGGUGCUAAAGGAGAGCCUGGUGUACGGGGCCCACCAGGUCCAAAAGGAGAGCGUGGACAAGGUCUAAUGCCCUUUAAGAACUGGAAAGAGUGCGCUUGGAAAGAUUUAAACGAUGACAAAGAUAACGGUUUAAUAAAGGUAAAGUUACAAGAACUCUUGGUCCCCAUUUAUCUUUUCUGCUUUUAUCUUAUUUUACCCAAGCGAUUUAAUUAUUCUGGGUUUAUUCCCGUCAUAUUUAGGACUGUUUCUUCACCAAAAACUUUUCUGACACCGCUCUUCACGUUUCCUGGACUGGUGCGCUAAGAAUCUACAAGUGUACAGACUGUUGCAAACGCUGGUACUUCACUUUCAACGGCGCAGAGUGUUCAGCUCCCUUACCCAUUGACGGUGUUGUGUACAUGUGGCAAGGUAACACUCAAAGCAUUCUCCGCGUCCGCCAUAUUGAGGGGCAUUGUAACAACAUUCACAAAGGAACGGUGCGCGUGGGAUUUUGGGUUGGUAAUUGUCAAGAACGAUCACCUGGUGACGCCUACACGGGCUGGAUUUCUGUGUCCAGGAUCUUCAUUGAAGAAGUUCCCAAAGCUCAGGCCUAAAUGUCGAGGCAAAACAUACCUUCCUGCAAUGAAAAACUUUUAAAAGUUCUUUAAUCAAGAGUAUAGUUUUAUAGGUUACUAGCAGAUGGAUCAUAUAGAUUGUGAUA